ACGUGACUGCCCGCCCAUUAGUUACUAUAUAACCACCUUCAAUCAUUCUUAUGAAACCAAAACAUUCGACUCUGUAUACCCUGCCGUUUUUAACAGAAAAUCUUUUUGUCGACUAAGCGAGAGGACACAUUUGUGUCGAAAAUGUCGAUUUACAGGAAUGCCGUUUGGUUUGUGAAAGGACUCCAGGAGUAUACAAAGAGUGGCUAUGAAACUGCAGCAAAGCAUUUUGCCCCAGAAGACCUGGAUGUAAAUCUGAGUGGGAGGUCCUUUGUGAUAACCGGUGCCAAUAGUGGGAUAGGAAAAGCCACAGCCCAGGAAAUCGCUAACAGAGGAGGAACUGUUCACAUGGUGUGUCGAAACAAAGACCGCGCAGAAGCAGCCAAAGAUGAAAUUGUGGAAUGGAGUAAAAAUCAGAAUGUUUAUGUCCAUAUCGUUGACAUGUCCAGUGUGAAACAGGUAUGGGAGUUUGCCCAGAACUUCUCACAGAACAAUGCUGUACAUGUGCUGAUCAACAAUGCAGGCUGCAUGGUCAGCCAGAGAGAGUUAACUGAGGAGGGUUUGGAGAAGAAUUUUGCCACAAAUACACUUGGUACAUACAUUCUCACCACAGCGCUGAUACCUUCACUGAAGAAAGCUAAAGACCCAAGAGUGGUCACUGUGUCGUCAGGUGGUAUGCUCACACAGAAGCUGAACACGGAUGACCUCCAGUUUGAGAAAGGGACAUUUGAUGGCACCAUGGCCUAUGCUCAGAACAAAAGACAGCAGGUGAUUCUGACUGAGAGAUGGGCUUCUCAAAACAAAGAAAUCCACUUCUCCUCUAUGCACCCUGGCUGGGCAGACACACCAGCUGUCCAGUUAUCCAUGCCAUCCUUCUACGCAAAGAUGCAGUCCAGACUGAGGACGGAGGCCAUGGGGGCUGACACCACAGUGUGGCUUGCUGUGUCUCCAGCUGCAGUAAAUCAGCCAAGUGGACUCUUCUUCCAGGAUCGCAAAGCAGUGGCAACACACCUGCCCCUGGCCUCCUCCAGGUCCUCGCCACAGGAGGAGGAGAAGCUGCUGGCUGUGCUGGAGGACUUAGCCCUCAAGUUCAAACCUUAAUAUUUUCAGUAAAUGUACUUGUCUUUUUAAGAAGCAAACACUCCUCACUAAUUAUUAUUAUUAAUUUUUAUAUAAGCAUGUCUUUUUUUGGUUUGUUUCAAUGUACAAUUUUUUUGACAGGUACCCAAGGAACAGACUUCCUCAGGUGUAGUGAAGGUUGUGUUGAACCAAGAAGAAUGUACAGAUAUUGGAGCUUCAAUUAAAAUUAGGCCCAAGGAAGAUGAAAAUUUGCUAGAUACACUUGAUAUAACAUGCUGCAUACUGUAUUCAUCAAGCCCAUGGGGAGAAAUGUAUAGAUCAGUGAUGCUUUAAUGUAAAUGUGACACAAAAAUGCAAACUUAUAUAUUACUUUACAGUAUAUUCCUUAAUUUCAAAAAGCCCUGUGAUUAAUAUCUAUCUCCUUUCACAAGUUGGACAAAGUAUCAGGUUGGAUUCAGGCCAAUUAAAAGGAUUGAGGAAAACUGGAUUCAGGGCUGGCUGCACAGUGUUAAGAGCAACAAGAACUGAUACUUUUUCUCCACAAUAUUAACUGCAAAACCACUAUCUUUGAAAGCCAAGAACCUGAAGGAGUUGCCAAACUUGUUACAAAAAGAAACAGCAGAAAAUAACUUAAUGGUAUAAAUAUACAGGAGAAACUGCUGAGGAAAUUGUGCACAUGUAUCAAAGGGACAAAAUAAAGUGUCCCGCAAUGAUGGUUUGGUUACUGCUACUCCAUAAUAGCAGCACUGAACCAGCAAACACCAUUUUGACUCAUAUCUGGUACCUGUUUUUUUAAUAUAUUAUUUAUACACACAUUGUUACAUUAAUGGUCACAACUCAGAUGAAUUUAUAUUGACUGAAAAGAAAAGUUUAGCUUUUGUCAAUAUAUUUGUAUCUCCUGUGUAGUUAAGGGACUACACCAGUGAUUUUGAACAUUUUUUCUCAUUUAAAUCACACACCUCAUGAUUACAGAUAUUUCUUUUGCAAGACAAGCUAUUGUGUUAUAGUUUAGGGUUUUUUUUACUACUAUUUCAGACACCCAGUUUUACAUGAAUUCAUGUAAAACACAAUGCAUUAGAAACUGGUCAGCAUAAAUAUACAUGAUUUGUGGUUGUUGAAACCUCAGAAAAACACUGCCAUGGUCCUUUAAAAAUAUUCAUACCCUCAGGCUUAUGCUCAUGAGUUAAAAGCUGCUGUAAAUAUACUUUAUGAGUAGCUCAGAAUGUGCUGUCAUUUUUUUUUAACAGUCAAGCCUACAAUCAUUUGACUGAAACCCUUAAUUUCUACAAUCUAAACCUCAAAUAUCUUUGGAAAAUAUUUAGUGGGGUUUUUGAACAUUAGAAGAAUUUUGCUUUUGCUCUGUUCAUCAAAGCACAAACAUGGUAAUUGUUAAAAAAAAAAAUGUAUAAAAAUCAUUUCCUCUUCA